UAAACUAGCAAUAUUAGUGUAUCAGUAUAAGAUUGAAGAUCAAUAAAAGUUGAAAAUUGAAACCAUAUUCGUUCAAAAUUCAAAUCCGAUGACAAUUAAAACGGCCGUAAACUGAAAAAGUCUACACAAGGAAGAGAGAGAAAAAGGCCCUAAAAAAAGAAAUAAUAAAAAAAUACUAGUAGUAAAUAAAAGGAGCAACGCCAGUAAAAAUUGUUCCUAUUUCUGCAAGAACCACAGACAGCACCAACGAAGAACUUUAGAAAAGUCUCACUCUCCAGAGGCUGAAACCCAAACCAAAACCCCCUCCAUUGCGACGUCGUUUAGGUGACCGGCGACGGAUGCCAACCGCCGACGACAAAUCUGACGGCAAAGUGUGGGGGCUAUUCAAAAUGCCCUUCAGAAACUCGCAGCCGACGACAUCGUCUUCCUCCGAUUUCGCCCAUUACCAGCACAAUUAUGGCCACGGGAGCAACGGUCCUCAUUCCCAGGUGGAGGGAUCGAGCGCUCACAGUGGGGCUGGGAGCUCGGUUUCAUCGGUGGCCAGAUCUCUGCUCCCCACGCGCCGUCGUUUGAAGCUCGAUCCCUCUAAUAAGCUCUAUUUUCCCUAUGAGGCUGGUAAACAAGUCCGAAGUGCUAUCAAAAUAAAGAAUACAAGCAAGUCUCGUGUAGCAUUCAAGUUCCAAACAACAGAACCAAAGAGCUGUUUCAUGCGUCCUCCUGGGGCCAUUCUUGUUCCUGGCGAGAGUAUAAUAGCAACUGUCUUCAAGUUUGUAGAGGUUCCAGAGAACAAUGAAAAGCCAAUGGAUCAGAAAAGCAGGGUGAAGUUCAAAAUAAUGAGCCUAAAAGUGAAGGAAGAAAUGGACUAUGUGCCCGAAUUGUUCGAUGAGCACAAGGAUCAAGUAGCUGUCGAGCAGAUACUUCGGGUAGUAUUUCUGGAUGUCGAACGCCCUAGUCCUGCUCUAGACAAACUAAAGCGACAAUUAGCUGAAGCUGAGGCUGAACUUGAGGCUCGUAAGAAGCCCUCAGAAGACACAGGGCCAAAGUUUGUUGGAGAAGGACUUGUGAUUGAUGAAUGGAAAGAAAGACGAGAACGAUACCUGGCUCGACAGCAAGUGGAAGUUUCUCCCUGAAAGUAGUGUAUGCUCGGUGUCGAUCGGAUAAAUUUUUUUCUACUGCAUUGUACUUGCAUGAGUGUAUUUAGUAAUUCCAUUAUUGUGAAAGCUAUGUUCCGCCAAAGUGUUGUGUAGGAGAUGAUGUGGCGGUUGCAAUUGAAUCUGUCUUGACUUUCGAGUAUUUGGCUUGUUCGCAUAUACGCAUUGUAGUUGUUUCUAAACUUAAAAAGUUUGUUUAGAAAUAUUCGAUAAAUAGAGCUUGAGUCCAUUUCGGCUCAAACAUAUCACUAUGUAGCAGUGCUUAUGUACCAAAGGAUUGUUUACUAUAAGUCAGUAUGGUGUAUAAUAUAUUUAUAAUUUAUA